UAAUUCAUAUUGAUAAGGGCGAAUGGUUCCUCGGAGCAACAAAGACCACCAAAGCAGCCCAAGUCUUGUUGCUGUUUUCAGUUUUGCGACCAACAGACUUGAACCCUUGAUUUGAAGCUGGUUCAUGUGUUAGCACAAACCAACAAGCUAUAUAUUGUUGAGUCCAGCUGCGUGUUUUUCAUCAUUGCAGACUUGAAUAUUCUGUUUUUUUUUUCCUGCUCCUAAUGAUCAACAUUUAGCCAUGAAUGGAAUGAAGACGAGAAAAAAAAAGAGAGAGGUAGAAGAUGCUGGAGGCAUUGUUAACAAUGAAAAUGGAAUUCCGCGAUUUAAGACUUUGCGACUGGCUAGCAGCUUAUGCGAUCUAUCAACUUGAGCAUUUUACAGAUGAAACUGCAUGAUUUGGGUGAAUCGACCACAUCAGAACUGGGAUGACAAGAUGCAAGAAAGAGACUAACAUUUGCAGCUGGCCAGGUACGGUCACAUGAUUGACUAGGCAAAAUCAAGUAGCCGAACCAGGCCCAAGGAAGAGGAGGAGAAAGAGAAAGAAAGAGCCCAACCUGACAGACCCAGCCCAACCGGAGAGGAGGAAGAGAAAAAAGAGAGGAAGGGAAGGGCCCAAACCAACUAGUAGUUGAGCCGAUGGCUGCGUCGGAGAAGAAAAAAGACCAAUUGAACAACUUGUUGGGCCCAAUGGCCUAGAUUAGUAGAUUUCGUCAAAAGUUUGAGGAAACGACAACAAAACAUUUGAGCUUCGAACAAGCUUAUAUUUUUGGUGAUGUGCCGUCGUGGAAAGCAAACUAGAGAUGAUAAAUAUGGAAGGUGGAGCUUAAUUAGUCAGAUACCAGGCGCGCAAUUCAAUGGCAGCUCCAUCUGAACUUGUCGGAGGUAAUCAGAACGAUCAAGCUGCCCAACCAUCUGCUUCUAAUCAGAACAAUCAACUUGUUCAACUAUCUGCUGAUAAAAAUAAAAAAAGAAAGAAACGGGAAGCUGACAAGAAAUUUCGUGAUGGAAAAAAGCAAAAGACAGAGGACAUGCUGAAACAGAACGAAAAGCUGAAAGCAGAUAAUGCUGAGUUGGAGAAAAAACUUGCCUACACGAAUGGAAAACUGGAACAAUUGAAAGAGGACAUGGAGCAAACUAGAGAAACUAGUAGGAUACAGAAGCAGAUGGUGGAUACACAAUAUAAUAUAAUCAACAUGCUUCGACAACAUUUGCAGCUCCCAUUUGAAAUGAAUGAAUUUGACACUGGAGCGACAGGGCCACCUAUUCAUCAUCCACCAGAAGGCCCGGCCAUUGAAGAGUCAUCGGGGCUGCCUCAAUCAUCUCCCCUUCAAGGAUUGGCACAUCUCCCAUUUGGAAUGACUCAGGAAAGCAUUCUUGGCACUCAAGAGGCAUGGCUACCUGUUCAUCACCCACCAGCUUUUCAGCCAGGAACAACAAUGGGGUCAGGGAGACCCGGCCAUUGAAGAGUCUUUGGGGAUCCCUCGAGGAUGGGCACAUGGGAACAAUAGUGAGCAGCCCGCCUCAGCUAAUGAUGAUCAAUUCCCUGAUGUUCACUAAAUAUUAUGCUAAUGAUGAAUAAACGGCGGCUUAUAAGCUAUGAGUGCCGGCAUGUACUGAAAGUACUGUUUUUAUUUUUCAGAAUCUCGUACUAUAAGUAUGUUUGAUAAUAUGGUAGCGAUUGCUUUUUAAAUAA